AUGUCUGUUAAUUUAUUAAAUAUUGCUGAUAAUGCUAGAAUUGAAAGUAUCAAAAAAUUAAAAAAAUUAUCACCAUUGAAGAUAAAAAAGGAACUGUCAAAAGAUGACUCAUUAAAUUUUAGUCCCUCUAUUAAUACUAAUAUUUUAUCUAGUGGAAAUGAAGAACAAGAAAGUGAUAUUUAUAAUGAGUCACCUAUUAAUCCUUCAGUCCAAAGUUUUGAUUUUCAACAACAAAUUUCCAGAAAAAGUAUAGGUGAAAUAUCAAAUGAUGUUAGGCAAAAUAUAAGAAAAAAAGCAAAAAGUGCUUUAGAAGUUAAAAGAGGAUCAAUACAAUUACAAAAACGUUUAUUAAGAAGUAAAACAUUAACAUCAAAUAUACCAAAACAAAUUUUUGAGAAUGACUCUGAUAAAUUAGAUAAUCAAAUUGAAAGAGUAAUAAAAUUAGGUGAAAAAUAUGAAACUAAAAAAGAAAAUACAAAUGUUAUUGAUGAUACAAUACAGUAUGAAUUUGCUGUUGGAAAUUUUGAAAAAACAUCAUUAAUUGAUACAAAUGAAAUUCUUUUUGAUUACACACCAGCUUCACCAUUAUAUAUUAGUCCUGAAAAAUUAAAACAAUUUAUUUCUAUAUUUGAUGAUAAAAUUUUGAAUGAAGAUAUAGAAAAAGGAAAUGAUAUAAAUAUUAUAGAUAAUAAAAAUGAUAUUAAACUUAGAAGACGUUUAGGAAAAAAGUUUUUAACAAAUAAUAAUACUAUACUAGGUAUGGAUAAAAAUGAAUUAUGUGAAAAUAAAGUUUUAAAAUAUAAUCGUAUUGAGUGGGAGGAAACAUCAUUAGUUGAAAAUAUUUGGAAAGAAAGUAAAAAUACACAAUCAAAUCUUAAUAAUUCUAAAAAACGUCAAUAUGAAAAUAUUAAAAUUUCACUAUCAAAAAUAAAAUUACACCAUCAUUGGUUAUUUUGUAAGGAACAUGUUUUAUGUAGAAAAGUAGAAGAAAUUUAUGAAUUAUUACUUUAUAAAGCUAAUAUAAUAUUAGGUGAUAUAAAAAAAUAUUUAACAAAUAAAUCAAAAGAUGAAGAUAUAAAUGAUCUUGAAAAAGAAAUAGAAAAAAAUGUUAAAGAUUAUCAGAAGACUGGAGAGGAGAUACAAUAUUAUUGGACAAAAUUGUGUAAUUUAAGAGAAGAACAAGGAUAUCAAAAAUCACCUUUAACAUUAACUAUAAAAGAAGUUCAAGAACAAGAUUUAAGUUUUUUUAAUCCAAUAAUACAAGAUUUUUACAGAAAUCCAAUAUUUUUAAUAAAUUAUGAUAAAAAUAAUAUAAAAAUAUUUGAAGAUGAAAAUAAUAAUAAUGAUAUAGAAAAUGUUAUAUCAGAUGAUAAAAUGUUAUCAAAAGAAAAAGAAUUAGAUAUGUAUUUUAGUUUUUUAAAAAAAUGUGAAUGGGAAGCUCAAAUAUUUUUUAAUGAUAUUUUUGUAUGUCGUAGUAAACCAAGAAAUUUAACUAAAAAUUUUGAAAUAAUUUUUAAUGAAGAGUAUAAUCUUCAAGUUCAUGAUGUUCCUGAAACUAUUGUUAUUGUUUUGUAUGAAAGAUUUAAUCGUGGAGUAUUUAAAUUUAUUGCAAAAAUUGGUUUACCAUUAGAAAAAGAAGAUGAUGAAAUUAAUGAUGAGGCUUGUAAUCAUUUUGGUACUGAUACUGUUUAUGAAGGUUUAAAUGGUACAAUUGGUGCUGGUGGAAUUGGUAGAGAUACACUUUCUGGUGUUAUUUUUACUAAAUUAGAUGGUUAUGGUAUUUUAUCACCUGAAGAAGUUAGAAAAAGAGAUGAACAUUUAUAUACAUCUUUUAAUUAUGAAGAUUUCCAAUUAAUUCCUAUUGAAACAAGAUUAGUUAAUGAUGAUCUUUUUGAGGAUGAUAUAAGAAUUCAUUCAUUAAGAAUGAGAUUUGAAAAAAAUCAACUUUUAGGUAGUAUAGAAAAACCAAUACCUAUUUAUGCAAAUGAAAUGGAUGGUAAAUAUUAUAAAGUAGGUGAAAUAGUAACAGAAGAAUAUGAAAAAUUUGGAUUUGGUAUUGAAAAAUUAAAAUUAUCUUCAAUUUCACAUGCCAUAAAAUUACGUACAGAAUUUAUUCGAAAUAUAGAAAGUAAUAAAAGAAAAAUAAAGGCAUAUGCUGAUAUAGUUAAAGAAGAAACAUUUCCAAAUUUCUUUUCUGGACUUUCAACAUUAUUUGGUAAUAGAGAUGUUUCAAGAAAACUAAAACCAAUGAGAAAUGAAAUAAAAAAACAAGUUACUACAGGUGCUUUUAAAUUUAAAUUUAUAAUAAAUAUUCAAAGUGCAAUAAAUAUUGGUGAAAAAAUUGAUGGUGGUGUUAUACAAUCAUUUGUUGAAAUAACAUUUCAAUCUCAAGUAUUUAAAACAAAAUUAUGUUCUGGUAAAAAUCCUAAAUGGCAGGAAACAUUAACAAUUUCUUUUGAUAACUCAUCAUUAAAAAAUAAAAAUCUUAAUUCAAUUAUUGAAAAAUUUACUAUUAGAUUAUAUGAUUAUCUUAUUGUUCCAUUGAAGCAUGAUGAUAGGGAAGUAAAUACAAUACAUGAACAAGUAGAAUAUAGAUAUUUAGGAAAAGUUGAAAUACCUUUUUAUACUAUUUAUAUGAAUGGUAAAAUUGAUGGUUUAAUACCAAUUCAUAGAGUAUCAUUUUCUAAUGGUUAUAUUUUUGAAGGAAAAUCUUAUUUAAAAUUAAUGAUAUCAUUAGAUCCUUUAAUUGCUUCACCAAUUGAUGAACAUAUACCAACAAGUGUAUCAAAUGAAGAUGAUAUUAUUAUUGAAAAAUAUAUUUUAUGGAAAAAACGUUGUCAAUUAUUAUAUCCAAAUAGAAAUUAUAAAGGAAUGAUAUUUAAUAGUCAGGGUAAAAGUAUUUUGGCAUCAAGAUAUAUCCAUACAGUUAAACCACCACCAUUUUUAGAUUCAUUUAGUAAUGAUAAAUUUAAUUUAGUUAAAAAAAUGAUUGAUGUUAUUAAAUGUUUACCAACAAUAAAUGAUCCUAUCAUAUUUCCAGGAAUAUGUGAUUUAUGGACAAAUGUUGAUCAAACAUUAACAAUUGGAUGUGGUGUUGAAGAGGAACAUGCUUUAAUACUUAUUUGUUGGUUAUUUUAUUAUAAUGUUGAAGCAUAUCUUGUUUUAGGAAAUGCAUUACCAGAAGGAUUACGUACAGGAUAUGUUAUUGUAACAAUUGAAGAAAAAUUAUAUAUUAUUAAUCCUGUUGAAGGUUUUAUAUGGGAUAUCAAAGAUUCAUAUGUACCAAUAUUAAGUAUUGGUACAAUAAUUACUAAAAAUAAUAUUUAUGGUAACAUUCAAAAACAUGAAUUUCCUCCUUAUAUGUCAUUUGAUUUUACACGUGAAGAUUAUUGGAAAAAGUUAUUUGAUAAUGAUGUCAUUGAGUCAUCAUUAAAUACAAUUCAAAAUGAAACAGUAAUGUAUCAAAAUAUUAGUGAUGGAUUGUUAAUUGAAUUAAAAUCAUCUCUAGAAAGAGAUAUAAAAACAAAAAUUGAUGAAUUACGCCAAUUUGGAAUUCCUCAAUGGAAUAUUUUAGUUGCCAGAACUUUAAAAGAUAUCAUUUCUGAUACCACAAUUAUAGAUAAUCAUAAAGAAAUAGAAAAAAGAUUACAUGAAAAUUUUGGAUCAUUAUUUAAAAUUCAUGCUAUUAUAUUAAAAAUACCAUUUAUUUCUCAAAAAUCAUUUAUUACUGAAAUUUUAUCAACAAAAAUUCAUUUAAACAGUGAUAUUGGUGUUCAAUUUGCAGUUUCCGUUCAUCUUGUACCGUACAUAAAUAACAUCCUUCAAUGUAAUGUUGGCCUUGCUUCAUUGAUACCAGUUUAA